GAAAUAAUAAAGUUAUUGCCCUUCCAUAGGAUAUUCCUGGACAGACUGGAAGAAAAUGAAGCUAUAGAUCAAGAUCUCCAAGCCUAUAUACUACACCGAAUACACAGCAGCUCAGAGAUACAAAAUAACAUCUCUCUUAAUGGCAAAAUGGACAAUACAACCUUUGGCAAACUCAGUUCUCAUCUCAAAACCCUGAGUCAAGGAUCCUACCUAUACCUUAAGCUCACAUUUGAUCUUAUUGAGAAGGGCUAUUUGGUGUUAAAAAGCUCCAGUUAUAAGGUAGUGCCUGUCUCCCUUUCAGAAGUAUAUCUACUGCAGUGCAAUAUGAAGUUCCCAACACAGUCUUCCUUUGACCGGGUAAUGCCUCUUUUGAAUGUGGCAGUGGCAUCUCUACAUCCUUUGACAGAUGAGCAUAUUUUUCAGGCUAUCAAUGCUGGGAGCAUUGAGGGUAGCUUAGAAUGGGAGGACUUUCAGCAAAGAAUGGAAAAUCUUUCUAUGUUUCUUAUCAAACGCAGAGAUAUGACCCGGAUGUUUGUCCAUCCUUCGUUUCGAGAGUGGUUGAUUUGGAGAGAAGAAGGAGAAAAGAUCAAGUUCCUCUGUGAUCCUAGGAGCGGUCAUACUUUGCUUGCCUUUUGGUUUUCUCGUCAAGAGGGAAAACUCAACAGGCAGCAGACUAUUGAAUUGGGCCAUCAUAUUCUCAAAGCACACAUCUUCAAGGGUCUGAGUAAAAAAGUUGGGGUUUCUUCCUCAAUUCUUCAAGGGCUUUGGAUUUCUUAUAGCUCAGAAGGUCUUUCCAUGGCACUGGCCUCUCUACGCAAUCUGUACACACCCAAUAUAAAGGUCAGUCGGCUGCUGAUCUUGGGAGGCGCCAACAUCAAUUACAGGACUGAAGUGCUGAACAAUGCUCCAAUUUUGUGUGUCCAGUCUCACCUUGGUUACUCUGAGAUGGUGGCCUUGCUGUUGGAGUUUGGAGCAAAUGUUGAUGCCUCUUCCGAAAGUGGUUUAACAUCUCUUGGUUAUGCUGCUGCUGCUGGCUAUCUAAGCAUUGUGGCACUUUUAUGCAAGAAGAGAGCCAAGGUGGAUCACUUGGACAAGAAUGGUCAGUGUGCAUUGGUACAUGCAGCUCUUAGAGGCCACCUGGAGGUUGUCAAAUUCUUGAUUCAGUGUGACUGGACAAUGGCUGGACAGCUGCAAGGAGUGUUCAAAAAAAGCCAGGCUAUCCAACAGGCACUCAUUGCUGCUGCUAGCAUGGGAUAUACUGAGAUUGUCUCCUACCUGCUUGAUCUCCCAGAAAAAGAUGAAGAGGAGGUAGAACGAGCGCAAAUCAACAGUUUUGACAGCCUUUGGGGAGAGACAGCUCUAACUGCUGCAGCAGGACGAGGCAAGUUGGAUGUUUGUCGUCUGCUUCUAGAACAAGGAGCGGCUGUAGCCCAGCCCAACCGACGAGGAAUUGUUCCUUUAUUCAGUGCCGUUCGGCAAGGCCAUUGGCAGAUUGUCGACCUCUUGCUCACCCAUGGUGCAGAUGUUAAUAUGGCAGAUAAACAAGGUCGGACUCCUCUAAUGAUGGCAGCUUCAGAGGGGCAUUUGGGCACUGUGGAGUUCUUAUUGGGACAAGGCUCCUCAAUUUCCUUAAUGGACAAAGAAGGACUAACUGCCCUUAGCUGGGCUUGCCUAAAAGGCCAUCUUUCAGUAGUGCGAGCUUUGGUAGAGAGUGGAGCUGCUACAGACCAUGCUGACAAAAAUGGGCGUACUCCAUUGGAUUUAGCAGCUUUUUAUGGAGAUGCAGAGGUGGUUCAGUUCCUGGUGGAUCAUGGUGCCAUGAUUGAGCAUGUGGAUUACAGUGGGAUGCGCCCGCUCGAUAGGGCAGUGGGUUGCCGCAAUACUUCUGUUGUAGUUACUCUUUUGAAGAAAGGAGCCAAGAUAGGUCCAGCAACAUGGGCAAUGGCCACUUCCAAACCAGACAUCAUGGUCAUCCUGUUGAGCAAGUUGAUGGAGGAGGGAGACAUGUUUUACAAGAAAGGGAAAGUGAAGGAAGCCGCCCAGCGGUACCAGUAUGCUUUGAAGAAGUUCCCCCGAGAAGGGUUUGGAGAGGACCUAAAAACUUUCCGGGAACUGAAAGUGUCACUCCUUCUCAACUUAUCACGCUGUCGGAGGAAAAUGAAUGAUUUUGGAAUGGCGGAGGAAUUUGCUACUAAAGCACUGGAGCUGAAACCGAAAUCUUAUGAAGCUUACUAUGCAAGAGCAAGGGCCAAACGCAGCAGCAGGCAGUUUUCAGCAGCACUGGAGGACCUGAACGAGGCCAUCAAACUUUGUCCGAACAACCGUGAAAUCCAGCGGCUCCUUAUGCGGGUGGAAGAAGAGUGCAGACAGACGCAGGUGCAACUACAGCAACAAUCUCUCGUAGCAUCUGAACCAGAAACACAGCAUGAAGAGUUGUAUGCAGUACAAGACAUCUUGGAAGAAGAAUAUCUUGAGCAAGAUGUAGAAAACAUUUCUGUUGGCUUACAGACAGAGUCACGACCUAGCCAAACAUUGCCCAUUAUCCAAAGCCCACCAUCUUCCCCUGCCCACCGGGACUCUGCCUACAUCUCCAGUUCACCACUUGGUUCACACCAGGUCUUUGACUUCAGGUCAAAUAGUUCUGUAGGAUCACCAACAAGACAAGGAUACCAACCCACCUCGCCAGCACUUUCCCCAACGCACCAGAAUUCUCAUUAUAGGCCUAGUCCACCGCACACAUCUCCUGCUCACCAGCCCUCCUCUUACCGUUUUAGUCCACCUCCAAUUGGUAGCCAAGGGAAGGAUUAUCAAAGCCCACCUCCUUCACCCCUUCGUAGAGGCCCUCAAUACCGAGCAAGCCCUCCUGCAGAUAGUGUGAGUGUCUACAGAGCUCAGUCCGGCUCACCAGUACGAUACCAGCAAGAAUCCAACAUCAGUCAACUUCCUAGUCGGCCAAAGUCUCCACUUUCUAAAAUGACACAGAGAUCUUUCCAGAUGCUUCCACUACCUGUUGCAGUUCCACAGCAAGGACUUAGGUUGCAGCCUGCCAAGGCACAGAUUGUCAGAAGCAACCAGCCAAGUUCAGCUGUGCAUUGUAGUACUGUGAUCCCAACAGGAACUUAUGGCCAAGUAUCCCAUUCUGUGGCUAACAAGUAUCAGUCUUCGCUAGCAGAAAUGGCUGUUGGCCAAAAUCGGCUGGUUUAUCAGAGCUCUAUUGGGGGAAUAGUGGGGGAUGGGAGACCUGUGCAGCAUGUUCAGGCCAGUCUGAGUGCAGGGGCAAUCUGUCAGCAUGGAGGGCUGACUAAAGAGGAUCUUCCACAAAGACCUUCCUCUGCUUACCGUGGUGGGAUGAGAUAUAGUCAAACCCCACAGAUUGGGCGGAGCCAGUCAGCUUCCUACUAUCCAGUCUGUCAUGCAAAGCUUGACUUGGAACGUUCCUCUCUACCCUCUAGUCAGCUUGGUUCUCCUGACAUUUCCCAUUUGAUACGAAGGCCCAUUACAGUAAAUUCCAAUGAAAUAAAGCCUCAUCCACCAACUCCGAGACCUCUGCUUCAUUCUCAAAGUGUUGGUCUCAGAUUUUCCCCUUCUAGCAAUAGCAUUUCCUCUACUCCCAGUUUGAAUCCCCCAUUCCGCCCUUCUGCUUCUGUUCAGCAGAUGGAGAUUCCACUUAAGGCAGCCUAUGACAGAUCAUGUGAUGAGCUUUCCCCAGUGUCUCCAACCCAGGGUGGUUACCCCAGCGAGCCUGCUCGCUCCAGGACCACACCUUUCAUGGGAAUCAUAGAUAAAACAGCCCGGACUCAGCAGUAUCCUCACUUACACCAACAAAACAGAACCUGGGCUGUGUCUUCAGUGGAUACCGUUAUAAGCCCUACAUCUCCUGGAAAUCUUCCCCAGCCAGAAACAUUCAGCCCACCUUCUUCAAUCAGCAGCAUUGCCUUUUAUAACAAAACCAACAAUGCACAGAAUGGCCACUUGCUGGAGGAUGACUAUUACAGUCCACAUGGGAUUUUGGCCAAUGGCUCCAGAGGAGAUCUUCUAGAAAGAGUUAGCCAAACUUCUUCAUAUCCUGAUGUUAAGGUGGCCAGGACACUGCCUGUUGCACAGGCAUAUCAGGACAACCUCUAUAGGCAACUUUCCAGAGACUCCAGGCAAGGGCAGACAUCCCCAAUCAAACCAAAGAGACCAUUUGUGGAGUCUAAUGUUUAAAAUGGAUGUGUCUUGGAGUAAGAGCCUUUUAUUUUUUAGCACAUUUUUCCUGGCUGAAUUCACAUCUUAUGUUGCUGUUUUUCUUCCUUUCUAAGAUUUUUAUUCACUAGCAGACUACCACCCAGGGGAUUUCCUGUGUUUUCUGUAUGAUGAUGAGGCAGUCCAAGACAUGCUCCAAAUUCUUUUCUAUACACAGCUGACCUCAGAAAAAGCCAGCACCAUACAAUUUUCAGCUGUCAGGCAAUUAAAUGUACAGUAUGGGGGCUGAGUCAAAUUAUAUACAUACUCAAGGGAGGUAAACAGCUCUUUGAAGAAAAGUUUUCAUUUCAAAAUUGAAUUGAUUGGAAUACAAUCUGACCCUUUUGUGUAUUGACCCUUUUUUGCUAGGAAAUUACACUCUUCAGUCUGUGUAGGCUUUCUACAUUUCUUCAUUGUGUCCAAAGAGCUAUUAAUCUGCACGAAUGGGGUCUUUGUUUUUAGAAUUAAGGAGCUAUGCAUAAAACCCAUUCUGCUUUAUGUGGUAUGAUAGGGGUGCCCUUUUUUAAAAAGCCACAUUAUUAUUUAUUUUUAGUAUCUUUCCCUGCCACUCUGUUGGCAUUAGCUUUGAAAAGCAAAUUGUUAUUUUUUCCAAGGCAUUUGAACAAAUAUUCAGAGAGAAAUUAAAGUCCUCUCCACUUUAGCCGAACAGUCAGUGGUGAUAUCAUUGUGUGUCUUAGACCUCCAGUCCAUUUUCUAGUGUGCUUGUCUUCCUGAUGCAGCAAAUCACACUGUAGACAUUCUCAUAUCAGUAAAAUUCAUUAAAAAGAAACAAGAAUUAACCAAAUGCUUUAAAUCAUUGGCCCUCCGGAUACUGGAUUAUACUUCACAUCAUCUCUAACCAUUGCUUAUGUUUCUUGGGGAUGUUGGAUACUGUAAAUUAGUAUCUGAGUAUCUAAAAUUAGAAAAGUCUACUUUAAAUCAUGAAGGAGGGACUGAUAGAAUGGUAGUUUUAAUACCCCCCAGCCUAGAUUUAGCACUGGUACUCUCCUGGCAAAGCUUCCUGGAUUACAGAUGGGCAGUCUUCCCUGCAGCUGCUUUUGAAGUUCUUCUUUUCUUCUCUAGGUUAAUUUGGUAUUGAGAUAGAAGAAAUAUGAUUUGGUGUUAGAAGUUGGACUGCUUUUCCAAUCCAAAUGCAAAAGACUGAGUGAUUCAUGAUUCCUGCGAGCUAAUGAAACCAGUGAUCUCAAGGGAGAAAAUGAUAAUGUAGCAAACGCUUUAUGCAGAUAUUCUCAGUCCAUACUAUUUUCAGUAAGCUUUGAAUUAGCUCAGAAAAGCUUGACUUGGUACAGCUAGGAAUCCAUACCAAGGGAUAGAAGAAUAUUUUGUGAAUGCAUAUAUGAAUCAGGAAACCAUCAAUAGUAUAGAGAGGUCAUCCCCAGGGCAGAAACACAAAGCAGGCAAAAAAAUACAUCACAUUUUGCCUUCUCUGCAUUUUGAUCAUUCAGAGGAUGAAUUGGCUUACCAACUUCUGAAAAUUAAAUUUAAAAAAAAAAUGUUUUCACAAGGCACGCAGGAGGAAGCUGGCUGGCCGGGAGAAGGGGAAUCGAGGGAAGGAGGGGAUCGUGGUUGCAUAGAAGUGAACAGCUUGCAUCUUUGCCCUUUCAUUAUUCUUUAUUAUUCUUGUCAAACUAUCCUAAUGGUUCUAAAGUACAAUACAUCUUCCACUGUGCUUUAUGAUACCUCUUUUUAAAAAAAUAUAUGCUGUAUUCAGAAGUUCCUUUAUAUGAAUAGAAGAGUAUGAUAAAAGAUAUUUUUACUAAUCUUUAAGGAUUCCAUCUUGAAAAUGAGGUCAAUAAUUUUUUUUUUUUAAAUCUGGAAAUGUUUUCAGAUAUUUCCUGUUUUAAGGUCCUGAAAGAGCUCAGAGAGGCAAAGAGAUCAAUAUAACAAUUGACUAUUUUCUCUGGUUUCAUUAUUAUAAGUUGCCAUAUUUCUCUGGGUAUGAAAUGUAGCAUUUCCAAGAGCUACUUUUACUUUGCUUUUGGUUCUUUACAACUCUUGCACAUAUUUUCCACCUUGAAUUGGUCACAUUACAAAAUUUGCUUGCAAAAUAGAAAAUUACUGUUCUGGUUGAUUCAUGCUAUGGUAUGCUGGUGUCAAAGAAGCUCAGAUGUUUGCUAGUGCUUUUUUUUCAAAGAGCUGGGGGGCAUGCUUCAGUUUUAUUAACUUAUUGAAACCAACACUGGUGUUCUCUCUUUUCUUUCAGUGUUUGAAUGUGUUUGUGUGGUGCAUGAGUGUGAGAGAAGGAGAGAAGUGGAGAAGUUUCAUAAAUAAACCUAAAGAUGCAACUCUAUAUUUGCUUUCUUUUAUUACCAGAAUAGAUAAAGCCACUGCUGUUUUUCCCACACAUUUCUUUUGUCUCCUAAGUGGUUUAGAUUCUGGGUCUUGUAAAACAUUUUUUCCUGCUUUAUGAAGAGUGGUUAUUUUAAAUUUUAAACUCUUUAAAACUGGAAUUUGCACCAAACAAGAUUAUGUUUCUAUAUGUUUAUCUAUGAUUUAGUUCUUUAAAACAUUUUUGCACUUGUCUUGCUUAUAUCUUGGAAAAGCUAGAACCUAUUUUGUCGCAGUACACAGAGGAGGAUGAAAAUAGCUGUUGUUCUGAUUUUGGGCCUUUAUACAGUCACUUGUACCUUAGUGCAAGUGAUCAGCUGAAGUGCACUGAGAUAUUAGGUUACCCACUCCUUCCUGAUAAAGUUAAAAAGAAUUAAUAAGCCACCUCUGUCAUAUGGAAGGUGGAGUCAUCGUGCUUCUAUCAUGGCAACUGCCUUGAUAGUUUCAAGAUUUUAAUCUUAAUGAAUGAAUGCUCAUCGUGUUGAAUCCGGCUCCAUCUUCACUGCCAUGGGGUUCUCUGUACCAUAAUUGUUUACAUUUAGGAGUUAGUAAAAGAAACGGCAUGGUCAUCCAAAAUGAGAUAUCAAUUACUGCUGUUGGGCAGAAUUUUCCUCCCCCGCUUCUUAACAGUACUGUGUUGUGAUUUCACAGGAUUCUUGCACUGAUGGGUUUGCCACCUGCUCUCUGUAAAUUGGGUGCACUUUAUAGUUGCAUUUGUUUCUAUGAUCAAUAAUGGUUAUUUAAACAUAAAUGAUAUUGUCAUUAGAAAUACAAACAGCUCUUGUCAUUCAAUAUAUAUUUUUAAAAAAGAAGCAAUGACUCAAAGUAUAUAGCACAAGUACUAGACAUUGUAUAUAUGCCUCAAAAGUUGAAAUCAUUUUUAGUACAAAGAGAAAUAUAUGCUGUGUUCUUCCAGCAGUUCUCUUUAGGUGCAUCUGAGGCUUAAUUGUUGCUGCUUUUAGUUACCAAGUAACACAUCUCUUCUGAAAUAAAAGACAUAUUUCUCUGAAGAUUUGGCAGAGAGAAAUUCCCUCUGUAUUUGCUCUCAGUUUAGUUCUUCAUUGGCUUAUCAUGUCCUUUCUUGAGAUAUAAUAUAAUACAGCACAAAAUAAUUUAUUUCAUUGUCCUUUUUUCAACUGAGAUAUCUUUCAAGUGAGUUUUUUCUACUCAGGAAAGUUAAAAGAGUGGCUAAUACCGCAACACAGAGAUCUGCCAUAGUGUUUUUUGUUUGUUUGUUUAAAGACACGCAAAAGUAUUGUACCCACCCCUUUUAUAUAUACAUGUGUACACAUCACAUGCCUAAGUUGGAGUUUCAGAACUAUUUUCUAUAAAAUCCACACACCAAAUAAAUCACAGCCUCAAGUCCUAUAAGACUUUUACUGUGAAUGUAUGCAUGCUUUACCAAAUCCACCGUGUGAUGCUACUCUGGCUUUGCAGAAAAGUUUUUUUGCUCACUGGACGUUUUCUUGAACAAAAAUCUAGAUGCUAACUUACUGUGCAUCUGGCUGUCAGAGAUGUACCAGUUGAUUCUAGUAAAGACAUGAAGCCUAAGCAGUCUAAGAUCUAUGUGGAGCGAAGUUGAAUUCUUUCUCCCUUUCCUAAGAACCUUACCAAAAUUACCUCUCCAAAAUUGUCAAAGGAGGCUUCCUAUUCAAUGUAAAAACAGCUUAACUAGCUGAAAGAGAAAGCUACUUCCUCUGUCUUUGGCGGUCCAUCUUGACUGCUUAGUCAUAUAACAAAAUGGGCACAUAAUUUGCAUUCACACAUUAAAUUUGUCUUGUUUGGCCCCCAAAUCUGCUCUCUAGAGGACUAUGGAGACUUAGUAAUGUGAUGCUGACAUCUAAGAAUUUGAAACAAUUAGUUAAGCUGGCUCCAGGUAAAAUUGCUAUCAGGUCCUAAGAAUAAUCUAGAAAUCUUAAUAUAUUUCAAGUUUGGCUUGGCUCCAGGGGAGAGAGCUGCUAGCUUGGUAUAUGGCUCGAUUACUUAUAGAACAAGAGUUUCUCUAAGAAUCUCACAAAUAUCAAAUAACUGGAAAUAUGCUGCACUCUGCUGUUUCAGUGAAGUAGAAAGUAUCGGGGGAGGGAGGAAUGUAAUAUAUUUAUUUUUACAAGUUUUACAGAAUGGACUAAAAAAGGAACAAAAAUGCAUUUGUUUUGAAAUUCCAAGCCAUUCACUUGGCCUUAGACAGGAGUUAACAAGUUGCUACUAUUCAUGAUCUCCACAGAAAGUCAUCUAAUAUAAACCGAAGUGCCAGAUUUUCUGCACCUUACAUUAAAAAAAAAAAACACUCUGUGCCUAGAAAUUUUUCUCCUCUGCUUAAGGUGGCCCCUUGUAAUUUCUUGAAUGGCAAGCUGCAUCUCUCUCCCCAGCUCCCACUACUGAACACUGGGAGUUCAGGACCUUCAACUAUUAAAGAGUUCAGCUUUUUAAAAGGGCUUAGAGGAGGCAAAACCUAAUACACUUCUUCUGACAUGUUAGAUGCCUUCACUGAAAUUAUGGUUGCUGUGAAAAAGGAAGGAAAAACCUAAGGCACAAGCACAAAGGGGUAGAUAAGCUGAACUGCCCCUCCCCUCUCUAAUUACUUGAAUUUAAUUGCUGGAUUGUUAUUGCUCCCCUAACAAGAAAAAAUCAUAUUAAGGGCUGAAAUUUCAUAGCAGGCUAUUUUGUGCAGUGGUAACUGAAUUAACUUAGAGAACCUCAACAUAGUAUUAUCAAAUUGCUAUUUCAGACUAGGACCCUUGGUACAAAUUAAAAAAAACAAACAUAUCUUUAAUUCUCUUGCAAUCACUUGGUUUUCCUCUUGUAACUGCUUCCCAAUGAAAAAUACCAACAUUGUUGUCUAGGGCUGCUUCUGCAUUUUGAAUUAGUGCAUAUGCGAGAGUCUUUUAAUAAAAUGGAAUGAGCUUUUACACUUUUCUGCUUGCUCGGAAGUAAAGAAGGAAGAUGAUUUUUGCUUGUUGCCAUCACAAAGUUUAUGAGAGAAUUGAGGCAGUUUGACUUUGUUCCACCUGAACAUGUACCAGACCUUGAGACCAUUUCCUACCAUUAUUUACUGUUACUAAUCAUUCCACAGAGCGCGAGUAUUAAUAUGUAUAGAUAGAAGGUUUGUUUUCAGGGAAUGAAUGUUUCGCUUUUUUUUUUAAUCUCCAGUUAAAUAUGUUUCUCGUUACAAUUUCUUCCCCACGAGCAUUGAAAUAUUUUGCCUGCCUUGUCUGCCUCUAUACAGCAACACACGUUCCUUUGUAUUAAAUCUUUCUGGUUUGCCAUCUUGCUGGAAAGAUACUGAGUUCCUUUUCCUUUUACCCUUUUCUAUCAGUCUGAUGUAAAGAAUUUUCCCUGUACAGUAUAAUAUUCAAUUGCAUGUUCUGUUCUCUUACUGAUAUAUUGAAUCACCACACAGUUGUGAUCUUUUAUUGUAGGGAAGCUGCACAAAUCCCUGCAAUCGGUUAAGACUCUUGGCCACCCCUGUAUAAAGGAAAGAAAUGUGUUUCUUUCCCUUCACUGUAUUUGCUUGAGCAGAGUUUUAUUGUCUGUACAUGUGAGCUGUGAGAUAGACGUGGAAAAAGUUCAAAAAGAAUGCAUUAUCCUCAGCCCCUCCCUAAUGUAUACAGAUUGUAACCUGUACAAUGAACUGUAUGUAUUAAAAAUGUACCUAUUUAUAAAUGGUUAACA